AAACAAGGAAAAAGCAAGAAAAAGAAUAAAAAUAGAUUGCUGUUGUCUUGAGCAGCUUGUUAUAAUUCUUUUCAAUUGGACCCCUCUCUGACUAGAGUUGCUUUUCUCUUUUACAUUAUGGUGUCUUCUACUACUUCGUCAUCCCCGCAGCCAGACGGGUAUCUCAAUGGCGCCCACACUCUUCCUGUGCGCCCAGGUCCCAAGCUCUACGGCAGCAACGAUGGCGCCCAAUCCGGCGCUGGAACCCCCAUUGGGUUCCAGAGGCAUCCUCACAACAAGCUCCUUGAUAAUGUAGCAGGUUCGAGUGUUCGCCAACCAUCGCCUCAGCCUACUCAUCUAGGAUUUCCCGGCGGUGGUUUGCAUCGAGUCUUGUCAGAGGAGGAUCCAGGCUAUAUUGCUGCCAAAUUUGAAGGAAAAGAGAAACAGAUGGAACAGGUCAUGGACCAGCUGGAAAGCAAAGGCUUUAUUCCCACCGAAUUUGUUGCCGGAGAAGCCGAAUGGUUUUACAAUCAACUUGGAAUCGAUGACACGUAUUUUCAAACCGAGACUGUCGAUGCCAUUGUCACACAGAUUCUUUCUCUUUAUGCUGCCAAGGUUGCAGCUUACGCCCGUGAUGAUAAGAAGCUUGAGAUACGUUUAGACAAGGAAGCCGAAGAUCAUGCAGUUUACAUCGAUACAAGCAAGCCCGGCGUUACGACGGUGGAUGGCCCCCGAUAUGAGCAGAGAAUUGAGAAGAAAUACGUGAAUGGCUCUACACCUAGUAGUAGCUAUCGUGUUGAGACCUUCCGUUCACCAACCCCGAUCCCUGGGGACGAUGGCCAGCAACUCCGUUGCUACUUUGUGUACAAGUGCCAAUUCGUCAACCCUAACCCGGGUCCGAACGAAACGAACAUCGAUAUUAUUGGUGAAAAAAGAUUCUUGCAAAAGGCAACGGCCAACACCAAAGCCAUUUACCAAGAAAUUAUUACCAAUGCCGUUAAUCGGUCCGGUCCUGUUAUUGAGAUGUUUGAGAUCGAGAAGAGUCGCGAAAAGAGGCUGGUUAUCGCUUACCGCCAGGGCUCUGCUAUGGGUCUAUUCAGCGCCCUUUCUGAUCUAUACCACUACUACCGUCUAACAAGCUCCCGUAAAUAUCUGGAGAACUUCUCUAACGGCAUCACGGUCAUCUCUCUCUACCUUCGCCCACUAAAAGAUGCAGAAAUUGCCGCCAAGUAUCCCCCAAUUGAGGCGGCCAUUCACCAGAUCAUUAAGGAGGUCUCUCUUCUGUACUGCAUCCCCCAGAACAGAUUCCAGCAUCACUUUGCGGUCGGCCGUCUCAGCUUGCAGGAGACCAUCUAUGCCCACUGUGCGUGGGUAUUCGUGCAGCAGUUUCUUAAUCGCCUAGGAUCUGAAUACAUCUCUCUAACCGACCUUCUGGACUCCAAUAACAGCGUUCACGCAGAACUGUUAGCGAAGAUCAAGAAGAGGCUGCGUACCGAGACUUUCACGUCAGAUUAUAUCUCAGAGAUUGUUAACAAGUACCCGGAAUUAAUCCACAAGCUGUAUUUGGAUUUUGCGAACACCCAUUACGUACAAACUCGCGGCCCCGCCGAGGACGAUUUUCUUCCAACCCUAAGCUACCUGCGCCUCCAGGUUGACGAAGUCCUUGAUGGCGCGAAGUUGAAACAACUCAUCUCGAGCACCGCGGCCAACGAGCAUGACGAGAUGGUCAUGAGCGCUUUCCGUGUAUUCAACGCCUCCAUCCUCAAGACAAACUUCUUCACACCCACUAAGGUGGCACUCAGCUUCCGACUCAAUCCUGAUUUCCUGCCGGAGCACGAGUACCCUCAGCGUCUCUAUGGCAUGUUUUUAGUCAUCAGCUCAGAAUUCCGAGGCUUCCAUCUGCGGUUCCGUGACAUUUCCCGUGGUGGUAUCCGUAUCGUUAAGAGUAGGAAUAAGGAAUCCUACAGCAUUAACGCCCGCUCGCUGUUCGAUGAGAAUUACAAUUUAGCCAACACCCAACAGCGCAAGAACAAAGACAUCCCCGAAGGUGGUGCGAAGGGUGUGAUUCUUUUAGAUGUAAACCAUCAGGACAAAGCUGCUGUCGCUUUUGAGAAGUAUAUUGACAGCAUCCUCGACCUUCUGCUACCUCCUGUCAGCCCAGGCAUCAAAGACCCAAUUGUUGACCUGCAUGGAAAAGACGAGAUUCUCUUUAUGGGGCCCGAUGAGAACACGGCCGAGUUAGUGGACUGGGCUACCGAGCAUGCAAGGAACCGUGGCGCUCCCUGGUGGAAGUCGUUUUUCACAGGCAAGAGUCCCAAGCUGGGUGGUAUCCCCCAUGAUACUUACGGCAUGACAACCUUGUCCGUCCGCCAAUAUGUUCUUGGUAUCUACCGCAAGCUGAAGAUCGACCCAUCUACGGUCCGGAAGCUGCAAACCGGUGGACCCGACGGUGACCUGGGAUCAAAUGAGAUCCUUCUUGCCAACGAAAAAUAUACUGCAAUCGUUGAUGGAUCCGGUGUCAUUGUUGAUCCCAGAGGUCUAGAUCAUGAGGAGCUGGUUCGACUGGCCAAAAAGCGCGUGACUAUCUCCGAAUUUGACUUGUCGAAACUAUCUCCGGAGGGCUAUCGAGUUCUAGUAGAUGAGAGCAACGUAAAGUUACCGAACGGCGAGCUUAUUCAUAACGGAAUGACUUUCCGCAACACUUUCCAUUUGCGCCGAGAGCUGCCUUACGAUGUCUUUGUUCCUUGCGGUGGACGACCGGAGUCUAUUGAUCUUUCCACUGUUGGAAAGCUUAUUCAGAAUGGCAAAUCCACCAUCCCUUACAUUGUUGAGGGUGCCAAUCUAUUUAUCACACAAGACAGCAAGCUGCGACUCGAGAGGGCUGGCUGCAUUUUGUUCAAGGACGCAUCAGCGAAUAAGGGUGGUGUGACAUCAUCGUCAUUAGAGGUUCUUGCGUCAUUGAGUCUCAAUGACGAGGAGUUCGUGGAGAAUAUGUGUGUUCGCGAGGAUGGCAGCGUUCCCACGUUUUACAAGGACUACGUCAAGCAGGUCCAGGAGGUCAUCAAGCACAAUGCCACCCUCGAAUUCGAAGCCAUAUGGCGUGAACAUGAGCAAACCGGCCUACUCCGAAGCGUUCUCAGUGAUCGCCUCAGUUUGGCUAUCACCAAGCUUGAUGAGGAGUUGCAGGAGACCGAGCUGUGGGAUAAUGUUGAACUUCGCCGCUCAGUGCUCAGCGAUGCUCUACCAAAGCUCCUUUUGGACAAGACUGGCCUUGAUACAAUCCUACAACGGGUCCCUGAAAACUACCUGCGGGCCAUCUUUGGCAGCUACCUCGCAAGUCGGUUUGUAUACGAGUAUGGCAGCAGCCCUAGCCAGUUCUCCUUCUUUGACUUCAUGACUAAGCGACUUUCUAAGAUUGGGGCGUAACGUAGUUUAGACAGAUGACAACGAUGUUCCUCACUUAUGAUAUUGCAUCUUCCGGGUUUAUACAUAACUGCACAUGAGCAGUGUUACAGGUACUAAUUAUGGCAAUUUUGUUCAUCGCGUGGAUGGGAUACAAAAAAAAAAGUCACGAGUAAUGAAGAUUUAAUACAUCCUUCUGUUUCUUUCUGAUUUUGUAGAUUUAUUUGCAAGUCAAGUAUCUAUCCCACUCCACAGUCAAUGGCACAAUUAGGUUCCGCUGCUUUCCUUGCACAUGACAAAAGCGAUCUCCUUCAGUCUAGGUCUUGUACUACAGAGUUUCACAAACCACUUGGGAUUUAUAGAUUUUGAAGAAAGCUGGCGCACUCUACCUCUGGAUUUAUUAUUAUCGUUUUGAAUACGGGUUUGAACAACCCCCGGGGGAUAUUGUUAAGAGCCCAUGUACUGUGAUAUGG